AUGCUAGUACCUAGACUGCUGGCUGUCGCUACAGCACUCUUCUCUCCAUUGGCUUCCGCAGCAUUUGGUCUGACCAGUAACGGCAACAGCUUUGUCCUUGAUGCCGGUUCAUCCAACUCGCUCGUUGUCACCGUCGGCCGAAAGAGCUGUGACAUCACUUCAAUUCUCUAUCGCGGUGAAGAGCUCCAGUACAAAAGUACAGGUUCCCACAUCAGCUCAGGUCUUGGAUCCGCAACUGUCUCUGGAGAAGUCGUUGCCAGCCAAUAUGCAAAAAUCACUUGCAAGACCGCCACCUUGACUCACUACAUAGUCGUCAAGAGCGGCGACAGUUCAGUACAUAUGGCAACCCACACUACUGCAGAGCCCACAAUUGGCGAGCUGCGAUUUGUCGCUCGUCUCAAUUCUGAAGCACUCCCUCUCGAGUAUCCUUUCGGAGCCGCCUCAACCAUUGCUGGUAGCACGUCUACUGUUGAGGGCUCCGAUGUCUACCUUGUCAAUGGCGAAACCCGAAGCAAAUUCUAUUCAAGUCAACGCUUUAUCGAUGACAAGGUUCAUUGCGUGUAUCGUGAUGGCUCAGACCCCAUACAUGCUUGCAUGUGGUGGGCCCUUCCACGAGAUAUCAACUCCAACAAUGUGGGUGAUUACACGGGUCUUUACUUUUACAUGAACUCUGGUCAUGUACAGACCGAGCCUUUUCGCCAAGGUCUUCACGGCCCUUACACCAUCGCCUUCACUCGCUCUGGUAUUCCUGCUGCUAGUCAGGCCGACACUUCCUUCUUCUCAAGCUUGGGAGUCACAGGCUAUGUGGCUAAUUCUGGUCGUGGUCGAGUUUCUGGCACAGCUUCUGGUAUUGGAGGCUCUUUCCAAAAAGUCGUCCACUGGCACAAUACAAAUAACCAAUACUGGACAUAUGCUGAUUCGUCGGACAAAUUCACAUCUCCAGCCAUGCGUCCCGGUACAUACACGAUGGCCUUCGUCACUGUCACUGCUGGCACAACCGCAAGCAAAAACAUCGCAUCUAGAGCCUCAGCAUCAAACACUAUCUGGACGAUUGGUGAUUGGGAUGGCCAACCUACUGGUUUUCGCAAUGCUGACAAGCAACUUCGAAUGCACCCUUCCGAUAAGAGGAUGUCGAGCUGGGGUCCACUUACGUACACUGUCGGCACCAGCAAGCUGACAGAUGUACCUAUGGCACUUUGGAAGGGCGUCAAUGAUCCUUUCACCAUCAAAUUCACCUUGUCAGCAGCUCAGACUGGAGCUGCUACCUUGCGCGUUGGAACUACAUUAAACUUUGCAGGUGCUAGACCUCAAGCCAAGAUCAACAACUACAACGCUGCUGCUCCUGCCGCACCAGUAAAGAUAGAUUCUCGGGGAGUCACCAGAGGAGCAUAUCGUGGUAACGGUGAGGUUUAUGAUGUCAAGAUUCCUGCCGGCACUCUAGUGACAGGAGCCAACACGAUUGUCAUCACUGUUGCAUCGGGAUCAAGUGGUGCCACAUACUUGGCUCCGAAUAUUAUCUUGGACGCUAUAGAGCUAUUCCAGUAG